AUGCCCCUUCGUGCACUGUACACCCCCUCAUCUUUACACCGUCAUUCACGACUACUUCCAUUUGAUGAGCUUUUCACCAAAGCGUCAUCAUCAUCAUCAUCAUCAUCAUCGACACCACUACCAGCCUUGCAGAGGAGAUUUCCUGUUCCCAAUGUAUCUGUGGAAACACACCUUGGCGCAGCAAGUGAGUUGCCUAAAGGCAAAACGGAAGCAGCGCAGUCUGAGAUGAAACUUAAUUGGCUGCAACAGAAUCUCCAAUUGUUGUCGGAUGGAAAAAAAAAUCAUGGAUUGAAUAGUAGGUCAAAGAUGCCGGAGGGAAGCCCACAAUGGCCACGCUAUACACUUUUUCCACAUAAUUGUGGGUUUAUCUACGACCCACCUAAUGAGUCCAAACUAGCGUUUGUUACACCAGAUAAUUAUUGUCAUCUCUGUCGGGAGCCGGUGGAGGUGGCAAUACGCCAUUGCGCCUGGUGGGAUCACGUAACACGACAGGCGGCUGUUCGUCUAAUAGCAAUUCACCCAAGAAGAUGGGAUCCUGCUGCGGUAGUAAAAGAGGCUGAGAGUUUUAUGCCCGCUUCUGUUAUGACAAGUCCAAAGCCUCAUCCAUUUUUGAAGAUUUCAAAAUCUUCAACUUUCACAGACCCCUUCAUGAUAGAUAUGAGCAGUUGCUAUGGCUUUGAGAGGGAGGCAGUUGUGCGACGGACAGAGUUGGCAGCACUUUUGCGUCUCUUGUGUACAAUGAAUAUCAAAAGUAGUACUAGUAGUAAUAGUAGUAGUAAUAAUAUUGAUAGAGAUAACCAUAAUAGUACAGAUGAUAGUGGGGAAUGUAGUUCAUUUAAUGAUCCAAUUCUUCGAGAGUCACUCUUCCUUUCAUCUGCUGGAAAUCCAGCUGCAAAUAUCGGAGAACGGACAUUUCGUGCGUAUAUUAGUCAAUUGAUCACUGUCCUUUUACCUCCUAUGGCACCAGAACCAACAACACGUAUACAACAACGUUGUUGGGGACGAAAAAAUCUAGAGAUAAUGUUUGACUUCCUUGGUAUAGCCUCAUUACAGAAACUUGUUGGAGCCCCUACUGUGGCCGUAACAAAGAAUGAGAAAGGAAUCAUAAUGCGCCAAAUUGUAUACGAAUUGGCGACUGUAAUUUCACAGUGUGAUGCGAUGGAGGCAGAGAUAUUUUCUGCAGAGAAGUAUAAUAGAAAUGCCUUGGAUACAGUGGUACAGACUCGUUUGUUGGUGGAAUUGACACUGCAGCGUUUGGCAUAUGAGUUGAUUUAUUUACAAACCACAGUAUUGAUGGAACAGGCAUGGGAGGUAUAUGUGAAACUUGGACUCCCAUCUGAGGCGAUGGUAGAGGCAAGUAGUUUUUUCUGA